AAAGAAUUAAUCAAAUGUCAAGUUGACGCUACUAUUUACUGCUUCGUUAUUGUGAAAAUAUAGUAUUUAAUUUGUAAUUACAUAUUUUCUAAUUAUUACACAUUGGAGUUACUACAUAUUAUUUCUAACAUAAGCAAUUUCGUCUCCUUUUUUCAAUUUAAUACUUGAACAAUGGGUUGUGAUGGUGGUACGAUUCCCCGUCGUGAUGAACUUGUUAGAUUAAAAAAGAAACCAGAACAGAAAGAUAAAGAUGCUGAACGUUCAUUCAAAUGGCGUAACUGUGCUUUAUCUCAACAACCCCUACAAGAGCCCGUCGUUGCCUGUGGCCUUGGACGUUUGUACAGCAAAAGCUCAGUUUUAGAAGCUUUACUAGAUAAAGAAUCCAAGCCAGAAUCCAUCAACCAUAUUAAGAACCUAAAGGACAUUAAAGACUUGAAACUAACAAAGAAUCCUGCAUACAAGAAAACAGAACAUACAGAUGGAGCCGUUGGUGAAGGCAGUGCACCUUAUAUUUGCCCCAUUAGUGGUCUGGAAAUGACUGGAAAAUUCCGUUUUAUUUUCCUGUGGAGUUGUGGCUGUGUUCUCGCUGAGAGAGCAUUGAAAGAAGUGCGACAGAACCUCUGCCAUAUGUGCCAGCAACCCUUCACAGAAAACGAUGUUGUGGUCCUUAAUGGAAUGGAUGAAGACAUUGAGAAGCUAAAAGAAAAAAUGGCCGUGCGGGUUUCCAGUAGAAAGUCUAAGAAAUCCAAAGCUGAUAAGAUAGAAAUCAAGUCAGAACCUUCUGAAGCUUCCACAUCUGAAACAAAGGAACCUGAACCAUGCAGUAGUGAAGUUAAAAGUGAAGACUGCAAACCUGGUAGUAGUCAAGUUAAAAAAGAAACAGAAACUAUACCUCUAUCAUUACCAAAAUUCAACCCAAACAAACAAGCCAGAGGUCAUUUUGGGUCCACCAAAAGAGCAUUUGCAAAUGGUUUGCAGGAAGACCCAUCAUAUAAGAAGGCAAAGAAAGAUUACAGUAUAGCCAAAGACCCACAGACUAGUGAAGUGUACAAAUCAUUAUUUACUUCUCAUAAAAGUGAUCAGGAACAAAAGAGGGCACAUUGGGUUACAUAUAACCCAUUUUAUAACUAAAUUUUAUUUAGCAAUAAAAAAUAUUUUGUGACUUA